GUUUUCGGCAGAUACUCAGGCUGCAUCAUGCGGACUAUUAAUGUUCAUGUUUUAGUCUUCAUUUUCAAAAGUCUCAGUACAUUUUAUUAUGUUUCUUCUGCACCAUCUCCUAUUAUAAAGUUUCCAGGAGACAAAUCUCCAAAGUCAGACGUUGAAUUUGCUGCGCAAUACCUAAAUCAAUUUUAUGGCUGCCCUAAGGAUAAAUGUCACAUGAUGGUUCUUAAGGAUGCCCUUAAGAAAAUGCAAAAAUUCUUUGGUCUUACUGAAACUGGGGAGUUUGAUCAAAAUACCAUUGAAACCAUGAAAAAGCCAAGAUGUGGAAACCCUGAUGUAGCCAACUACAACUUCUUCCCCAGAAAACCCAAAUGGGACAAAAAUCAGCUGACAUACAGGAUUAUUGGAUACACAACAGAUUUGGAUUCUGAAACAGUUGAUGAUGCUUUUGCACGUGCUUUUAAAGUUUGGAGUGAUGUCACACCACUGGAGUUUACCCGAAUUCAUGAUGGAGAAGCAGAUAUCAUGAUCAAUUUUGGACGAUGGGAACAUGGUGAUGGAUAUCCAUUUGAUGGCAAAGAUGGACUUCUGGCUCAUGCAUUUGCACCUGGAUCAGGUGUUGGAGGAGACUCGCAUUUUGACGAUGAUGAGCUUUGGACAUUAGGAGAAGGCCAAGUUGUGAAAGUAAAGUAUGGGAAUGCAGAUGGGGAGUUCUGUAAGUUCCCUUUCAUGUUUAAUGAUAAGGAAUACAACAGCUGUACUGAUUCAGGUCGGUCAGAUGGCUUCCUUUGGUGCUCUACUACAUAUGAUUUUGACAAGGAUGGGAAAUACGGCUUCUGUCCACAUGAGUUGCUAUUUACCUUAGCUGGUAAUGCAGAAGGGAAGCCCUGCAAAUUCCCUUUUAAGUUUCAAGGCAGCACAUUUGACAGCUGCACCACUGAAGGGCGAACAGAUGGCUACAGGUGGUGUGCUACUACAGAAGACUACGACAAAGAUAAGCUGUAUGGCUUCUGUCCAGAAACAGCUUUAUCCACUGUUGGAGGAAAUUCUGAGGGUUCACCAUGUGUCUUUCCUUUCACCUUUCUGGGAAACAAGUACGACUCAUGCACUAGCUCUGGCCGCAGUGAUGGGAAACUAUGGUGUGCUUCAAGCAGUAACUAUGAUGAUGAUCGCAAGUGGGGGUUCUGUCCUGAUCAAGGUUACAGUCUUUUCCUAGUAGCUGCUCAUGAAUUUGGGCAUGCUCUAGGGCUAGAGCACUCUCAAGAUCCUGGAGCAUUAAUGGCUCCAAUUUAUACAUUCAUAAAAAACUUUCGGCUUUCACAAGAUGAUAUUACGGGGAUUCAAGAACUUUAUGGUCAGGGAUCCAAGGAAAAACCACGUCCUGGACCUGUCCCUACAAUGGGCCCUGUCACACCAGAUCUGUGCUCUAAAGAUGUUGUACUUGAUGCCAUGUCUCAAAUAAGAGGGGAAACAUUCUUUUUCAAAGACAGAUUUAUAUGGCGCACUCCAAACCCAAGAAAUAAACCAACAGGACCUCUACUUGUUGCUACUUUCUGGCCUGAGCUACCUGAUAAGAUUGAUGCUGUUUAUGAAGAACCUCAAGAAGAGAAGACUGUUUUCUUUGCAGGUAAUGAGUAUUGGGUCUACUUAUCAAGCACUUUGGAAAGAGGAUACCCGAAAAAGUUGACCAGUUUAGGACUACCUCCUGAUGUUGAUCGUGUUGAUGCUGCAUUCAACUGGAGCAAAAACAAAAAGACAUACUUCUUUACUGGGGACAAGUUCUGGAGAUAUAAUGAAGUAAAAAAGAAAAUGGACAUUGGUUUCCCCAAAUUAAUUGCAGAUGCAUGGAAUGGUGUACCAGAUAAUUUAGAUGCUGUGCUGGAUCAAACCGGAAGUGGGUACAGCUACUUUUUCAAAGACUGGUAUUACUUUCAAGUUGAAGACAAAAGUGUGAAGAUUGUAAAGGUUGGAAAUGUCAAAAAUGACUGGCUACGCUGCUGAAAUGUAUUCAUUUAGCUACGCUGUAUUCCUUAACAUGACCUUUCAUACUUGUAUGGCUUUUUUUGUUAUAGCAUAAUAAAGUAUUAUAAUGGACCAGUCUGGUACUGGUAUCUGAGGAGCUUAGGAAGAUAUGCUACAGUAACACUCAAACACUGCAAUAUUAAGAAUUUGUACAUUCCGCUAGAAUUUUUCACUUGCUCCAAUUAACUAUAUUAACUUCAGCUUAAAAUGUUUUGUAUUAUAGUAAGCAGCACUGCCAUACGUUUUUGGAUUAGUUUAAUGUUCAAUAACCAGGGAAGGAACAUGCUGCUUAAUCCUUUUCCUUAAUGAAUCAUCCACUAACCCAUUUGUAUAUAGGCACCGGCUGCCUAUACAUAAUUGUAACAUUAUGGAUUUUUGAUGAUAUGGCCCUUUUGCUGUAACUGCUUUUGAAAUUUUUGUUGUUUUGUUAAAUUCUCCUUGUUCACCAAACUGCAGUGAGAAAGAACAGUGUAAACGUUAUCAGCUAUUGUGUGCUGUUAUUUUGUUCACACAGCUGUAUUUUUAUCCAUAUUCCAAAUGAAAAUCUGUACAAUAUUUUGAUAACAAAAACUAAUUUUAAUUAUAAAAUAAAAAUAAAAAUAUU